CCACUGCACUGCACACGACAGACAGACACAGUCGACGCGUCCCUCCUUUCUUUCAUUUGAUCUCUUCUCCCACAGAACCCUACAUCCUUCCCCGCGUCAACCACUCUCCGAUCGUUCUCGGUCCACCAUGGCGCCCAACGAGCCCACAUUCGACGAGAUCAUCUCAAAGAUCCAGUCCUGCUCAGACACCGCCGCCAUCACUAAGACACUCGCACCAUUCCUCAACAACCUCAGCGAGCAGUUCUUUUCCGCUCGAUCCCAGGAUCAGGCCGACCCCGUCGAUGCACUCUCGCCUGCUGUCCACUCCUUUGCGUAUCUUCAUUUUCUAGUGUACCGUUGCAAGGCUUCGCAUGGAUUUCACCCUGCGCUGCUGGAGAAAGUCUGGGCGUUUGUCACCACCUGUGACGGAGAGCAGGUUCGCCUGGCCUCGGAUAAAGCAUUGAGCUUUGCAGAGGCACUGGUCAAUAUGGCAACUGAGUCUCAGCAGCCCAUUAUCGCCAUCAGACCGCUGGCCACCUUCAUCCAGAGGCUGCAAAUAUCUCCAGGACAACUUACCAUGAUUCACCCUCUAUUGGCAAAGACAUGUCUGUUGGCGCAGUCAUUCAAGGACAUCGUUCCAAUCCUCGACAGUGACAUCUCUGACGUGAAUCCAGUGCAAACGCAUAUCAACUACAAGGACUUUUUGCUGUACCACUACUACGGAGGAAUGAUCUAUGCCUACCUCAAGAAGUUUGACCGUGCUGUCGAGUUUUUCAAAUUGGCGGUAUCAGCUCCUGCAGAAGUCGCCAGUGCCAUUCAGGUCGAGGCGUAUAAGAAAUAUAUCUUGACGAGUUUGCUUCAUUACGGAAAGGUCCCUGUUCUACCCAAGUACACAGCCACGUCGGUCCAGAGAUGCUUAAAGAUGCAAUGUGGGCCAUAUUCUGACUUCGCCAUGGCAUACGAGAAGAAGUCGAACAUUGUUAUCAAGACAGAACUGGAAAAAAUCAAAACUCUCCUCAUUCGGGAUAAGAACUAUGGACUGGCAAAGCAGUGUAUGGAGGCGCUUCACCGUCGAAACAUCCAGGAUCUCACUCGCACCUACCUGACUCUUUCCAUCGAGGAUAUCACGUCAUUUAUCGGUCUCGGUUCAGAACCAGAAGGGGCACGGCGGGUAGAGGGGAUCAUUGUCAGGAUGAUUGAAUCAGGCGCCGUCUUUGCAACUAUCAGUCAUGAACACGCCGGAGGAAUGGUCUCGUUCCUGGAUGACCCCAAUCACCAUAACAACACUGGAACGAUGGAUAUGAUCAACAGUCAGAUUCAAAAGGCGACCGCAAUCACGUCUAGCCUUGUUGCGAUGGACCAGGCCAUUUCCAGCAUGCCUGCAUUCUUCAACAGAGGAUCGCAACUGUGGGAUCGUGUGGGCGUCCCUACUGAUGAGGCUGACUAUGGCAUGCACAUGGGAUACGAUGCCUAUGCUGACGAAGAAAGCCUAUUCUAGUGCAUCGAAGAGGAAGCGUACAAAGUCGCGGUCCCGAGGAGGAAGACAAGGCCCGCGAUCGCGUGGAGGUGAGCAGGUAGGAGCGCGCACAGGGACCGAAGGGGAUAGUGACGAGGACAAGGCACGCGAGGUAGAAGAUGAGCAGCGGGACGAGGCCGACGACGCGUAAGAAUGAGAUGGAAACAGACGAGAUUCCGAGUUAUCAUUGAUAUGCAGGGUAUCCAUUCGACGACUCCGUAGUCGCCAUGAGAAGGAGACCAUUCACGAACAGAAACAAAACAAAGGCAUUGCACUCAAUAAAAGCGUCUGUUUCCGCACACGUCUACGAU